AUGAACAUUCGGCCUCGACGCUCACUAGAACGGACUGUAAAGCCGACGAGGAUGCUGAGCAAUGGCAAGCUGUUGAUAAUUGCGUCGCUGCUGGUGCGAGUGGGCUUCUUCCUGUACGGAUUGUACCAGGAUGCAAACUAUAAAGUAAAAUACACUGAUAUAGACUACCUGGUGUUCCAUGACGCUGCUGGAUACGUUUAUGAAGCGUGGAAGGAGGGCAGGGUUGGUUCCCCCUACCAGAGGGAUACAUAUCGCUACACACCGUUGUUAAGCUGGCUUUUGGUCCCAGACCACUACUUUGAAUGGUUCCAUCUGGGCAAGCUAGUGUUUGUUGCAUUUGAUCUUCUUACGGGAAUCAUCAUCUUGGACCUUGUCAAGAGAUGUCUGAGUCGGAGAGAAUCUACGUUACCUCUGUGGCUGAGUAGCCUCUGGCUCUUGAACCCGAUGGUCAUCACGAUCAGCACCCGCGGUAACGCAGAGAGUGUUGUGUCGUUCCUUAUCAUGCUGACGCUGCUGCUACUGCAGAAGAGCAAAGAUACGUGGUCUGCUGUGGUAUACGGCCUGUCGAUCCACUUCAAGAUAUACCCAAUAAUAUACUGUCUUCCCAUUGCCAUAUUUCUGUACCACAGGAACAAGAGACUGAGUGAAGUUAUCGCAUAUGGGUUCUGGGCGCUGGUGGCCCUUGUGGUCUCCAGCGCGGCAAUGUACAAGUUGUACGGCUCAGAGUUUCUGCAGCAUGCCUAUUGGUAUCAUCUCUACAGGACGGACCACAGACACAACUUCUCUCUUUGGAACCUUCUGCUCUAUUACGAUUCCGCGAGGUCUGCAUCGUCCUGGCUGUCGAAAUUCGCAUUCUUGCCGCAGAUGGCCACUACGAUGGCCCUGUCGGUCCUGCAAUGGCGCCAACCGUCUCUAGCGAAUCUCCUCAACGUGCUGUUUCUGCAAACGUUCGCUUUCGUUACCUACAACAAGGUCUGCACCUCCCAGUACUUUGUGUGGUAUUUGAUCUUCCUGCCCUUCUACAUUGCCAACACGAACCUCUCCUGGCAAAAAGGCGUGUGCAUGGCGGCCGUCUGGGUUAUUACACAGGCCUUUUGGCUCCUGCAGGGUUACCUGCUGGAGUUCGAAGGAAGAAACGUCUUCUUUCCUGGUCUCCUGUCAGCCAGUGCCUUGUUCUUCAUCGGCAAUGUCUGGAUACUGGGCCAGUUCAUCGACGACAUCAAUACAAGAGUGCCAGUUUCUCAUACCAAGAAGCACAACUGA